CAUACCCACUCCGUCAUACUCCCACCACCUUCCGCGUCAGACAGCCGUAUAAAAAGAGUGAGGGGCACGGAGGCGAAGCAGUACCUCUCCGACUUCCAAAUCUUGGUGACCACCAGCUGCGCUACUUACCGAUACUCCUUCCACUCCCGCUGCUCCAUCUCCUCCUGCUCAGGAUCUCUGGCUGGUCCCAGCGGCUCUCUCCAAAGUCACAGCAUGCAGAUCCUUGUGGUGUUAGCGGCUUUCAUGGGGGUUCUGCUCAGUGUCAGAGCAGCCGCCGUGCUUCCUGUGGAGGACAGGAGCCUCGUGCAGGGGCUGAACAGGGGACAGGACUUGAGUAAACUGCGCAAAGAGCUAAUCCUGAAGCUGGUCUCCAGUUUGCUUGAGGGGCCGUCGGACACCAACCUGCUUUCGGAGAUGUCACCCGAGGAGGCGGACGAGCCGCUGCAGUCGCGUCUAGAGGAAAGGGCCGUCUACAACAGGCUAUCGCUGCCUCAGCGUGACCGCAAGGCACCUUGUAAAAACUUCUUCUGGAAAACCUUCACCUCCUGCUAACAGAAAAAAAAAAGAAACAGCCCAACCCGGCCGCCGGGGCCCCUCAUAAACUGUAGUGGACCCCAGAUGUGCACGUCACCUCCACCUGUCAGCCAGGCAGCAUUGAUGGACUUUGCAGGACACGCUGUGUCACUUUACCAACACAUGUACUUUCUUUACGUAGCUAUUUAUUUGUCUGAAUUUUGGAUGUAUAUAUGGUUAUGACAUCUUUCUUUUCAGGGUAAAGAAUAAAUCUCAUUUGGUGUAGAUCUGAUGUAAGCGCACUCCAUUAACCACUUUGCAGUUGUACGGUAAAAUAAAUGUCGUUUUUUUUUCCACCUGCUGAGAAAAUAGAAGCGUCGGAUGGCAAAAUGCAUCACAACUUGCUUGCAGUUGUUACGUUUUAGGCUAACAAAGAUGCUAUCGUGAAAACAAGUGGUAGUUCUUAAUGGCAUUUAGUACUAUAAAAAAAAACAUAUACGGCUCUGUCAAUCAAUUAUGAGCUAAAAAUAAUUAGUUUUUUUGUUUCACUGUUAACACUCCCAAAUUCCAAACUCGCAUCUUAUCAUUUCGAGCAUUUUUUACAGAAAAUGAAAAGUGGUCAAAAUAGAGCCAACCCACACACAAAAGCCAAUUGGCUCUUAAUUUUUCUCACAGAUAUUUUUUUUUUUCCAGGGAUGCAUUUUAAUAACGAAGCGUGAGGCAGUGCCAUUACGAAUGUGAUCUAUAAAGUGCAUUAUCAAAUAUGAAUGUCAUUCAAGAACAACGUGUUCAGAUCAUAGAUUUCAAAUAUAAUAAUGUUUUAGGACUCGUCAAUGAAUCUUGAAGUCUAUUUUCAUUAGAUCAUCGAUGCUACUGUCCAAUCCUGGCACACGUCCUUCGUUAUUCGUGACUUCUUAUUACAGGCCGUGAAGCCCGAGGGAAAAGAACUCAUUUUCUUUUUUAUGGAAUGUCGUCACGUUUGUAAUUUGACUGUCAAGAAAGAUCAGAAGAGGGAAGUUGCUGCCUCAUCACUUGCCGUUAGUUUCCCCAUCAAACAAACUCUCCCCUGAGUUCCUUUCUCAUGUCAUGUGAAUGUCCAGGAUUUGGAGGCAAAACAUCUUGAUGUUGAUUUGUUACUGAAAGUCUUACCUGUGUUAAUGGCCAAUCCUGUUACUUGUGCUCACAUUGAAUAAACAUACAACCACUUUUAA